GUCUCCCAUUGCUCCUGUACGUUCAUUCUCAUUCUUCCUUCAGUACGAGACGACAAACCGAACCCUUUAUUCAACACACUUAUACCUUUUCUCGACCUGUAUGGUCUUUCAACAACCGGUCGAAUACACUUCCAAAAUGUCGGCAAAUAGCAAAUACGUAUCCAAACUUGUCGGGACACGUGUUCUCAUCAUCGGAGGCACUGCUGGUAUCGGCUUAGCAGUCGCUGAAGCUAGUGUGGAACUUGGCGCCGCUACCAUUGUCAUCUCGAGCUCGAACGCCGAUCGAAUCAACGCGGCAGUAUCGCACUUGCGGAAGUCCUAUCCAACAACAAGUUGCAGCAUCUUGGGCUUUCCAUGCGACCUGAAGCAAGAGGAGCUACUCGAGCCCAAUAUCGCGGCUCUUUUCGACGCUUCGACCUCGAACGGAAGUGAGAAACUCGACCACAUCGUCUUUACUGCAGGCGAUGACCCCAUUCCGAGACCCAUAUCCGAGAUAGAUUUCAACUUCAUUAAAGAAGCCGGGCUGGUACGGUUUUUCGCUCCUCUGUUGAUAGCAAAAUAUGCCGCAAAGCAUAUUGCGCCAGGGGCCACGUCUAGUUUCACGUUGACGUCCGGCAUUAGUGCGUAUAGGCCAUACCCGAAUUGGAAUGCAAUUGGUGCAUACACCUCGUCUUCAGAGGGUAUGACGAGAAGUCUAGCGGUGGAGUUAAAGCCGCUGCGUGUUAACCUCGUUUGCCUUGGCCCAGUUGACACAGAUCUAAUGACCCGCUUCUAUCCUAAGCCUGACGAGCGUAAGGCAGUUCUAGAUGCUAUCUCUCAGAAGGUUGUGACAGGAGCGGUAGGAAAAGCUGAAGAUGUUGCAGAGGCAUUCUUGUACUGUAUGAAGGACCAUAAUUUGUCAGGUUCUGUGAUACACUCUAAUGCAGGAAUGCUGAUGGUUUGAAAAGCAGGUGUAUUGUAUGAAAUUAGACAUCAGCACUAUUAUCUAGACAAACACUGUGCGACAGUCACUGCAAUUUAAGCCAAACAUAUUUAUCUGUUAAGUCUUUGGUUACUGCUUAAGGUAUACGCUUUUUGGUAAAGAUCAACA